GAGUUUUAGAGAAGAAGAUGACUGGAAAUGGAAAUGAAGAAGGAAAUAGUGUGAGUUUGGAGCUUCUGAGGAAAAAAAUGGCGGAAUUUUCUCAACAAAGGAAUUGGGAUCGCUUCCAUAGUCCCAGAAACCUCCUUCUUGCUCUGGUGGGAGAAGUGGGAGAAUUGUCAGAAAUAUUCCAAUGGAAAGGGGAGGUGGCAAAGGGACUGCCAGAGUGGAAGGAGGAGGAGAAAGAGCAUUUGGGGGAAGAGCUUUCUGAUGUGCUUCUCUAUUUGGUCAGACUCUCUGAUAUUUGUGGCAUUGAUCUUGCUAAAGCUGCCCUUAGGAAGUUGGACCUAAAUGCAAUUAAGUACCCACUUAAUAAUAAUUGCAAUCACACCCCUUGAAGAACUUUACAACCUAGCUAGGGACUAAUUGGUCAAAAUCCCAAUGUAUUUCUCUUUUGUAAUGUAUAAAGUUAGAAUAUUCCCUUUUAGUUGGGUUAUGUUUCUUUCCGUUUAAA